CACCUGGGGAGCAUGCAUACAUCCUAGCAAAGCCGCCUCGUCUGGACGCGAAGAACAAGGGACGAGGGCACAGGCAUAGGCAUAGACAUAGGCACAGGAAUCCCAAACGCAGACAUCACCCGCACCUGUCGCAGCCAUGCCGAUGCUCCUCGACAUCCAGCGCAAGCUCUUUGCGCGCACCGACCGCAUCAAAUCCGUCGACUUCCACCCUUCGGAGCCAUGGGUCAUCGCUGGCCUGUACAGCGGCUCGGUCCAGAUCUACAACUACACCACCGGGGCCCUCGUCAAGACGUUCGAAGUCGCGCAGGUGCCCGUGCGGGCCGUCCGCUUCGUUGCGCGCAAGAAUUGGUUCAUUGCCGGCAGCGACGACUUCCAGCUGCGCUGCUACAACUACAACACCAGCGAGAAGGUCAGCCAGGUCGAGGCGCAUCCAGACUACAUCCGAUGCCUCGCUGUCCAUCCGACACUGAGCCUGGUCCUCACUGCCAGUGAUGACAUGACCAUCAAACUGUGGGACUGGGACAAGAACUGGAAGCAUGUUCAGACAUUCGAAGGGCAUACACACUUCAUCAUGCACCUGGCAUUUAACCCGAAAGACUCCAACACCUUUGCCUCUGCCUCCAUCGACCGCACCGUCAAGGUGUGGACCAUCAGCGGCUCGGGCUUUGGAUCGUCUGGAGUUUCGGCGCCCAAUUACACGCUCGAAGCACACGACAAAGGCGUCAACUACGUCGAGUACUACCACGGCGGAGACAAGCCGUACAUCAUCACUUGCGGCGACGACAAGACGAUCAAGGUAUGGGACUACUUCUCCAAGUCCUGUAUCCAGACGCUCGAGGGGCAUGUCUCCAACGUCUCCUUUGCUGUCUUCCACCCAUCCCUUCCACUCAUCAUUUCCGGCUCCGAGGACGGGACGGUCAAGCUGUGGCACUCGAACACCUACCGGCUCGAGAACACGCUCGACUACGGUCUCGAACGCUGCUGGUGCGCCGCCUACCGCAAGAAUGGGAAUGACAUCGCGCUCGGCUACGACGAUGGCCUCGUCGUCGUCAAGCUCGGCAAAGAGGAGCCAAGUGUCAGCAUGGAUGGCUCCGGAAAGGUUAUCUACGCACGCAACUCGGAGGUCCUCAGCGCCAACCUCGCAACGCUCGCCGACGACGUUGGCGCCGCAGCGCUCGUCGACGGCCAGCGCAUCGCGAUCCCCACGCGUGAGAUGGGCAACACAGAGGUCUACGCGCAGCUGCUCCAGCACUCGCCGAACGGCCGCUUCGUCACCGUCUGCGGCGAUGGUGAGUACAUCAUCUACACGGCGCUCGCGUGGCGCAACAAGGCCUUCGGGCAGGGCACUGGAUUUGCCUGGUCGCUUGACAGCAACGGCUACGCCGUCAAGGAGACCAACUCCAAGGUCAAAGUGUUCGAUCGCAACUUCAAGGAGCGCUCUGGCCUGCUCAACGUCAACUAUUCGGUCGAGAACGUCAAGGGCGGUGCGUUGCUCGGUGUCCUUGGCGCUGGCUUUGUCUGCUUCUACAGCUGGGACACCGGUGCACUCGUCCGGCGGAUCGACGUCGACGCAAAGGACAUCCUCUGGUCUGGCUCGGGCGAACUGGUCGCUAUCGUGACGGACGAUUCGUUCUACGUGCUGCGAUUCGACCACGGGGCCUACCAGGACUAUCUCGAGAGUGGCGCGCCCGUAGACGACGAGGGCGUUGAAGAUGCGUUCGAGGUCAUCGUCGACGUCGCGGACCAGAUCCGCACGGCCAAGUGGACUGACGAGUGCCUGAUCUACACGACCGCAAGCAACAAGCUGCAGUAUCUCGUCGGCGAGCAGACGCACACCAUCAACCACACCGACCAGGAGUUGUACCUGCUCGGCUACAUUCCGCGGCAUGGGCGCGUCUACGCGGUCGACAAGGACGUGAACCUAUACAGCUACGCCCUCUCCCUCGCCGUCGUGCAAUACCAGACCGCCAUCCUGCGCCAGGAUCUGGACGCAGCCAAGGAAAUCCUCGCAAUCGUGCCGCAGGAUCAGCUGAACCGCGUCGCGCGAUUCCUCGAGAGCCAGGACCAGAAGGAGCUGGCGCUGCAGGUGUCCACUGACCCAGAUCACAAGUUUGACCUAGCCAUCGCGCUGGACGACGUUGACACCGCACUAGAGAUCACGCGCUCGGGCCCACAGUCAGGAUCGGAGAUGCGCUGGCGGACGCUGGGCGACAAGGCGCUCGAGCGCUGGGACGUCAGCUCGGCGCACGAGUGCUUCGACAAGGCCGGCGACCUGAACGCGCUGCUCCUGCUCGGCGUCGCCAAAGGCGACCGCAGCAUCCUGCGCAAGGUCGCCGAAGCAGCGACGGCAAAGGGCCAGACGAACCUCGCCUUCGCGGCACACCUGCAGCUCGGCGACUCGGGUGCGUGCAUCGAACUGCUUGAAGCGACCGGCCGGAUAUCGGAAGCGGCGCUGUUCGCGCGCACCUACGCCCCUUCGCGCGUGCCCGAGCUGGUCAAGCUCUGGAAGGCGAGUCUGGCGUCGUCCAAGCGCACCAAGCAAGCCAUCCUCGCGGACAGCAUCGCCGAUCCAUCCGUCGACCCGGGCCUCUUCGAGGAGGGCUGGGGUGAGGCGCUGGCCACGGAACGCGACGUCGUAGCGGCUGCCGCUACAUUGCAACAGCAGGCGAAUGGCUCUUCAAGUGCUGCCGAGCACGACACAACUACACCUAGCGUGGGAGCGCCACAGACGGACAAGAUGGUCAAUGGAGGGAAAGCGUCAGGGAUCGUUGACGCAUCAGCAUGAGAGCCCGCUGUGCAUGUACACAUCUGACGUUAACGAGGCGAAAGUGAUCACGAAAACAUACACAC